AGUUGAGCCAGUGUCACGGUAAACAGAACUAAAUUAAAAUGGCCAAAGGUAAAGGAAAAAAGGGUAAAAAAGCAAAGAAACAAGUAGAGAUUGAUCCGAAUGCUUUAACAGAAGUGGACAAAACAUUUUACGAACUAACUAUUACUGAUUUAAAUCGAAAAUUGGCCAGAUUAAGAUCGCAAAAUCAAGAACUAGAACAGAAAAAUGAAGAACUGGUACAAGAAAAAGAAAAACUGGACGAAGACAGAAACGAUAUCAUCAUGUACCUUAAAAGAACUUUACAAGAAAAAACUAAUGAAAUAGCUGAAUUGGAGGAACGAAUAACUGCCAUGAAACAGGAGCAAGAAGAUACAACCCAAAUGUACGAGGAAAAAAUUAUCGAAAUGACGAAUGAGUAUAACACAAUGCAUGAUCAGUUAACUUCUGAAAAUAAACUGUUGGAAGGUAAAUUAAAUUCACUGGAGGAAUUCCGUUCUCAACGCGACGAACUGAUGAAAAAAUUCGAAACUCAGGAAAACGAUAUGGAAGCGCAAGAAAAACGUCACAAGAGGGAAAUGUACGAAAUAGAAAGAAAAUUCAUCAUUGCCAAAGAUCGACUAAAGAAAGAUAUGGAAGCCAAACUCCGGCAACUAUCCACAGAAUUCCACGAUGCUACAGAGUUAAGAAUAGCUGCUACGACACACCGAGUAAUUCGAGAGAAUAUUGCUGUUAACAAUGAACUGGAUGUCCUGUUGAACAACCAGCAGAAACUGUUUAAUGAAAACGUGAAGCUUAAAGAUAAAGAUUCUAAUUUACAUCGUCAAGUUGAACUGCUUGAGACAGAGAAGACUAAAGCUUUGGCAAAAGUAAGAGUACAAGUAAAAUUAAUAGACAGAAUAUCAGAAGACAAUGAAUUUUUAAUCAGUCAACGUGACCACUACAAGAAAUAUGAAACAAAAUAUUUAGAAUGUUGUAGACAAAUUAAAGAUCUUACAGAAAAAUUAACAUGUUCCGAACAUGACAAAAGAAUCUUGGAACAAAACCUUCACCAUGUUAGAUGCGAUAGAACUGCUAUACAAACAGACUACUUGUAUUUACAAGAAGAAAAUGAAAGACUUAACGAAAUAAUGAUAGAGGCAGUUAGUUGUAUCAAGGAAGCGUUAAUUGUUAGAAUUGAAAGUGAUAUAUCAUUUAAAGCUUCCAAACGUGACAAUUUACUUAACUCUCUGUUGACUUUAUUAAACAAAGCAAGAGACCAUAAAAUACGUUGUCCCUCGUUAGAAACUGUUUCCUUAUUUGAAGCUACAUAUGCCAGAGGAGACCUAGGAUUUGUACCAAAGCCCGUAGAGCUGCGAUCAGCAGUUCCCGUUAGAAGAAAUAUGGAUACUCAAACAGGAGCUAGCUUUGAAGAAUACAUAGCUACUGGGUACAUUGCUAAGACUAAGAUGAUGUACUCAGAAAUUGAAGAUGAAGAAGAUACAGUUGAACAAAGUGAAGGAGAACUUCGCGAAGAAGAAGGUCAACAUGAAAGUGUUUUGUAUUUUGACGAUCAAGAAAUGCCAGGUGAAGAAUCCUCCGAUGAGGAUGGGCCUAAUUUAUAUGAUUUAAUUCCUGAGGAAGAACCAGUCAAAGACGAACAAACUACUGAUGUAGAGCAAGUUCGGUCUCCAACAGUCAAAGACGAAGAAACUACUGAUGUAGAGCAAGUUCAGUCUCCAAAAGAAGAUGAACCUGGUUCCGAAGAAUUGAUUACAAAGAGUGAAUCAAAAACAGAGCAGUAAAUCUUAUAGGCAAAUCUUUCUGGAACAUUGUUAAGACAAAUGUACGGAGAAAGAAUUAUUUUAAAAAUUUUCUUAAUCCGGUUGGUAUAAUAUCAAAUACAUAGUCAUGGUUAGUUAAUGCUUUGCCAAUCAAAAUUGUAUAUAAAAUAUACAUCUCACUCAA